CCGAGCAGUCUGCCCGUGUCGCUGGGUCGCAUCUGCCUGGGCGCCUACCCACCCAGCGCCAGCAGCGGCGGAGAUAGCGGAGGCGCAAGUCCUUCAACCGGUGUUGCCGGGUUCGCAGAGCUCGGAUCUGGUGGCGGCGGCGGCGGCGGCGGCAGCUCCGUGACGUCGGAGACCUGUCGACAGGGUCUCUCGGUUCCCGGGUUUCGGCGACACCCGAAAUUGAUGAAACCCGGUUCCGGGUCCGGGUCCGGUUCCGGUUCCGGGUCCGGGUCCGGGUCCGGGUCUGGGCCGAGCUGGUUGACGAGCCGGCAGACGAGCAGCCAGACGCAACUGCUCUCUCCGCCCGGAUUGGUCUGGACGUCGACGACUGCCGCUGCGGGGGCCGGUGGGGAACUGGGCGAAGCGGCGGGACUCGAGCCGGCGCCGGAGACGGGCGUCAAUUGGACGAGCGGACUGUCGUCGAGUGGUCAGUUGUUGGUGCACCAACGGUCGAGCGAGUCGCACGACUCGACCACCAGCUACGCCAGCAUGGCCAGCAUCGGCAGCAACGGCAGCGGCGGCAGCGCCGGUCCCGGCGGUCCCGGCGGACCCGGCGGACCUGGCGGACCCGGCGCCGGACUCGGCGGCGCUUUCGUCUACGCGACGGCCUCGCCGGCCUCGGCGACCGUCGGCGUGUCGGCCGGCGCGCCGGUCGGCUUCCUCGUGGCCGGACUCAGCGGCUACUCGAGCGCCAGCCAGGCCUCGCCGAACAGUCUGCACGCGAUCACCGCCACUCGAUCGCUCGUCAAACAGCCCAGUCCGUCCACCAAGAGCCUGCACAGAACAUCAAGUUACGAAGUAGGCUUUCCUUUUCUCGCUCGUUCUUAUUUGUCUCAACUGGCAGGCCUACUCACAGCGUUGAUGAGUAGCAUGGUCGAGUUUAACACAAAAAUGCAUUUUAGCGUGACUUUCAUCUCGUACGAAGCACGUCAUCUCAACCCACUUUCAUCUGAAGCUCGUGCUAACACGAAACGGCGCUAA